ACUAGGCGCGUGCGCUUCUGUGCAGUCAGCUGGAGGAACCGAGCCGCCCGCGCCCGGAGCAUGUCAUCCGGGGGCCAGCCGCUGACUCCGGCCGAGGACCCGCCCUGGCCCGUGCGCCUCUUGCGCACGACCCCGGGACUGCUGCGGAUGGACCCGAGCGGCGGCGCGCUGCUGCUGUGCGGCCUCGGCGCGCUGCUGGGCUGGAGCUGGCUGCGCUGGCACCGCGCGCGGGGCAUCCCUCCCGGGCCCACGCCCUGGCCGGUGGUGGGCAACUUCGGCCCUGUGCUGCUGCCACCCUUCCUCCGGCGACACAGCUGGCUGAGCCGCCGAGGGAGGGCCUCGGGGGUGGGCCCGCAGGUGCUGCUGGCUAAACUGGCUCGCGUCUACGGCAACGUCUUCAGUUUCUUCAUUGGCCACUACAUGGUGGUGGUCCUCAACGACUUCCACAGCGUGCGCCAGGCGCUGGUGCAGCAGGCCGAGGUCUUCAGCGACCGCCCCAGGGUGCCGCUCAUCUCCAUCAUCACCAAGGAGAAGGGGGUUGUGUUUGCACACUAUGGUCCAGUCUGGAGGCAGCAGAGGAAAUUCUGUCACUCAACUCUUCGUCAUUUUGGCUUGGGAAAGCUUAGCUUGGAGCCCAAGAUUAUUGAGGAGUUCAAAUAUGUGAAGGAGGAAAUGCAGAAGCAUGGAGAAGACCCUUUCAGUCCAUUCCCCAUCAUCAGCAAUGCUGUCUCUAACAUCAUUUGCUCCCUGUGCUUUGGCCAACGCUUUGAUUACACCAACAGUGAGUUCAAGGAGCUGCUUGAUUUUAUGUCUCGAGGGUUAGAAAUCUGUCUGAACAGCCAGGUCCUCCUGGUCAACAUAUGCUCCUGGCUGUAUUACCUUCCCUUCGGACCAUUUAAGGAAUUAAGGCAAAUUGAAAAGGAUAUAACCAUCUUCCUUAAAAAAAUCAUUAAAGACCAUCAAGAGUCUCUGGAUGGCGAGAACCCUCAGGACUUCAUAGACAUGUACCUUCUACACAUGGAGGAGGAGAAGAGAAAUAAUAGCAACAGUAGUUUUGAUGACGAUUACUUAUUUUAUAUCAUUGGGGAUCUCUUUGUUGCUGGGACUGAUACCACGACCAACUCUUUGCUUUGGUGCCUGCUAUAUAUAGCACUGAACCCUGAUAUACAAGAAAAGGUUCAUGAAGAAAUUGAAAGGAUCAUUGGUUGUGACCGAGCCCCUUCCAUCACAGACAAGGUCCACAUGCCCUACACAGAAGCCACCAUCAUGGAGGUGCAGAGGCUAACAGCGGUGGUGCCCCUCGCCAUUCCUCACAUGACCACAGAAAACACAGUGCUCCAAGGGUACAGCAUUCCUAAAGGCACAAUGAUCUUACCCAACCUGUGGUCAGUACACCGAGACCCAACCAUUUGGGAGAAACCAGAUGAUUUCUAUCCUGACCGAUUUCUGGAUGAUCAAGGACAACUUUUAAAAAAAGAAACCUUUAUUCCUUUUGGGAUUGGGAAGCGGGUGUGUAUGGGCGAACAGCUGGCAAAGAUGGAACUCUUCCUAAUGUUCGUCAGCCUGAUGCAGAGCUUCACAUUUGCUCUGCCCAAGGACUCGCAGAAGCCCAUCCUGACCGGGAGGUUUGGUCUAACCUUAGCUCCCCAUCCAUUUAAUAUUAUCACUUCAAAAAGAUGAAGAGCACCUCCCAGAGGAGAAGAGAGCUGGACUGAAGAAGAGACUUCAUGGCACGGUUCCACCUGCUGAGUUUAUUUGCAAAGAUGCAUCUCCACCUUGAGUCCUCCAUGGUGAGCUUGGGAAUUUUGACACUGGAAUUGAUCAGGAAAGGAUUCUUUUUCUCAAUUUAUAGUGAACCUUCUUGUCCUGUUCUCACUGUCCCAGGCCCAGUGUGUCUGGUCCCUGAAUACUCUCCAGGACAGGAAGGCUCUUCUUCCUUGUUAAGAGAACAGUACUAUUUCCUAAUAAAGGGGACCCUCCACACAAACAGUUCUCAGCAGGGGCAGGGAUCCCUUCUGGGGCCAUUGCAAUUUUCAGCCACCGUAACAAUGGGGGGCUCUGACCUUUUGUGGCCAUGGAACAAGGAUGCUAAAUGGCUAAACAUUCCUACGUCAUUAAGGAUUGUCUCCGUGAGACAUGCUCCAAAGAGUGGCCCUUGGUUCCAUUCUUGGGCAUUACUCUGUAGGUGGAGCCAUUGAUCGUGGUUCCUCACUCUGGCGCCAUGCUUAAUGCUAUGUAAUUCUCAUGGUAGGAGGGCAGCUUGUGGCUGAUCAAACUGAGGCCUAGGACUUACAAAGUGCCCUUGCUGGGUGUCAGCCUCCGAGUCCUGGUGACGGGAGAGCGCUUUCUGAGCCGCCUUGAUCCUGCAGUGGUGUCCGUGACUCCUUGCCUCUCAGUGCCUUGCUCUUGGUGGACACCUGUGCACAUGUGAGUGACUGUUAAGAAGGGUCCUUACCAGGAAGAUCCCAUGCCAUUUGAAUACCUACAGGUCAUAUUUUUGUUGUGCAAAGAUGAUGUAAAAAAAAAACCAAACAGCGUAUGUUAUUUGUUAAUGGCAGUUUAAGCCAGAUUUUUUUUUUAAUUACUAGAUCUUGGUCAUCAUUGAGAGCAAUCAUUUUAAACAAACUUAAAAUGGUGCCUGAGCUGUUCAAAGGUCACACAGAACAUAAAAAAGAUUGAAAUGCAGAGGAAGGGAGGAGCUGCUGAGCCUGAGCACCUCGGUGGAGCCUCCUGGGACUUACUACCCUACCCUGCUCCGUUUCUUACCAGAUCCCCAGCCUUGACUUCUGCAUCUGUCCUUAGCUGUGGUGGCUUAACCUUCUAAGUGCAUGGAUGCCAUUCCAGACAGUCCCCUGUGAGAGGCCAUGCUUUUCCUUUGACUUGCACAUUCCUAGGCAGACUUCUGCAUGCACCAGAAAUGGAAAUAACAGCUACUUAAUAAAAACCUAGUAAAAUGAAGAAGAAACAUUGAUUUGUUUUUCACCCUGCAUUCUUUUUUUUGGUGGUACUGGGUUUUGAACUCAGGGCCUCAUGCUGCCACUUGAGCCAUGCCUCUAGCUCUUUUUUACUUUGUAGGUAUGGUAAUAGGGUCUCGCUUUUCCUCCAGGCUAGCCUCAGUCCACAGUCCUACAUAUGCUUCCCAUGUAGCUGGGAUUACAGGUAGGUACCACCAUGCCUGGCUUGUUUAUCGAGAUGGGAGUCUCACUUUUUGUCUGGGGUGGCAGCAAACCAUGAUCUUCCCAAUCUCUGCAUGCACUACCAUGUCUGGCCCUUGACUAUGCAAUCUUUGUAUUAUCUACUGUACCAUUCUUCCUUUUUAUAAAUAUAAUUGAGCACUUCACAUAAGUGAAAUACAGGCUAAUUUUUAGAGGCCUUGAGGAUUUUUGUUUUUUAUAAAAGAAAAAAUAAAGAUGAAAUGGAGAGGAACCAAGUGAAUGGGGAGGCUGUGUAGAUUUCAGAUGAGGUGAUACAUGUGUAGAUCAUACCAUACCCCCGGCAGGACAGUUUGUUCCUGACAGGAAAUUCAAAUGCCUUUGAAUUGUACUAAUAACUCAACCUUAGUGAGUUUCUUACUCCAAUUUGUACAUAGAUUUCCAGUAUUC